AUGAUAUGCUUCCCAACUAGCGUGUUGACCUUCGGAUCCAAUGCGAACACCCUAAGCCCUCGUACUCUGAAUCAUUUUGUCCAAGGGUACAACGUCAUGGAGAAGAUACAAAUGGUUGGCUACUUUCUCCAAGAGCUUAUACUUUCCCUCAUCUACGUCAAAGAGACAUUGCGCAUCCUCAAGCUGUCGAAAAGCGCCCAAGACGACAUCAUGAGCAUUGCAGAUAACACUCAACUGAAGCACCCCUUUGCGCGCAAGCUCAUGUACCAGCUCCUCGCCAUCAACACCAUCAUCAUCGCUAUGGACGUCGCUCUCCUUGCCGUCGAAUUCGCGAACUUGUACCUCGUGGAAACUACCCUUAAAGGUGUCGUCUACUCUGUAAAGCUCAAGCUGGAAUUCGCUGUCCUGGGUAAACUCGUGCAGAUUGUGCGCAGCAAGUCGAACAGCAGCGAUCACCAAGCCUCCGCGGAGCGUCAAGGCCCAGCUACCGGAUUCGAACUUGAAAAAAUACCCUCGGCGAGAAGUGGAAGCGGCAAUGGAAGCACUAGAGGAACAGUAAGAAGAGGCAGCACUAUGAAGCGAAUGCAGUCUUUCCCAGACUUUGUGGAUCCUACUCGGGUGAGCUGCGAUGUCACGCAUGCGCCGACAAGUAUGCCCCCUGUUAGGACGCGGGGUGGGUUGACCAUUCCCGAAGAGGACGACGGGAAUGCGUGGGAAAUUGAAGGUCAGCACAGGAAGAGAUGGCACAGAGCAGAGCAGAACAGCUGGAUCGAUGAGGAAAUGGUACGCGAUCUCUCUGAUCACUGUUUGAAAAAUUCUAACACCGGGUAG